AUGGAUGUUAAAGAGGACCAUAAGGAGAUAGAGAUUAAACAGGAGGUGGAGGAGAAGAGAGCGGUCAAAGAGGAGGAGAUGGAGAUUGAAAAGGAACACAAGGAUACAGAAGUCAAAGAAGAGCUGGAGGAGAACGCAGUCAUCAAGGAGAUGGAGGAGAGAGGUGUGAAAGAGGAUGAGGAGACAGAAGUCAAAAAGGAGAGAGGACUAGAAGAACAACAGGAGAGAGAAGUCAAAGAAGAAGAAGAAGAGGAGAACAGGGACAUGUCUGAUCCAGACCUAGAGGAAGAGGAGGCAGCAUUAGAUAGUAUCACUGACCCAGGAGAGCGCCCCAACCCAGGUUCAGACGGUGAGCCCAGUUCCACAGCAUCAGGAAAGCAUCAACAACACCAACGGAGGAACUCAAGACAGAAACAUCACCACUGCAUGGACUGCUUCACUAGUUUCUAUGAUCCAGAGGAGUUGAGAAGGCACACUUGUAGGCCCCACCCCUGCUCAGAUUGCAGAGGCAGUUCCGUGUGUCCAACUCACAUCAUACCAUGCAAAAAGACUAUCAAAAGAAAGAAGACUUACCCCUGUGGUCAAUGUGGGAAGAGUUUUCAGGCACCAAGCAAACUAAAGAAACACCAGAUAACUCACACAGGAGAGAAGCCUUUCCACUGCUCUGUUUGUGGAAAGAGUUUUCCUCUUUCACAGACCUUAAAUAGACACCAGCUGAUCCACACAGGAGAGAAGCCUAUCCACUGCUCCCAAUGUGGGAAGGGCUUUAAGCGACCCGAUUCCCUGAAAAAUCAUCUUAGAAUACACACGGGAGAAAAGCCUUUCCACUGCUCUCAAUGUGGGAAAAGUUUCAGUCAUUCAAACUACUUAAAGACACAUCAGCGAACUCACACAGGAGAGAAGCCUUACCACUGCUCCCAGUGUGGGAAGAGUUUCAAUCAGUCUUCAGAUCUAAAGAUACACCAGCGAACUCACACAGGAGAGAAGCCUCACAAAUGUUUUCAGUGUGGAAAGAGUUUUAGUCAUUCAAGCUACUUAAAGACACACCAGCGAACUCACACAGGAGAGAAGCCUUACCACUGCCUUCAGUGUGGGAAGAGUUUCAAUCAGUCUUCAGAUCUAAAGACACACCAGCGAACUCAUACAGGAGAGAAGCCUUAUCACUGCUCUCAGUGUGAAAAGAGUUUCAGUCAGUUUUCAAGUCUGAAGACACACCAGCUAACUCACACAGAAAAUAGGUCAUACCACUGCUCCCAUUGUGGAAAGGUUUUCAGUCUGUUGCACCACCUAAAUAGACACCAGCAAACUCACAAAGGAGAAAAGACUCACCAAUGCUCUCGAUGUAGGAAAAGUUUCAGUCAGUCAUCAAAUCUGAAGACACACCAGUUAAAGUAUCACAGCCCUGACACCGGACAAAGUUCUCUUGCUUUAGAAGAAAGUCAACUUAAAACCACAGAAGUAAAACACAUGUAA